UUGAGUGAAAGAAUUUGUUCGAAUGAACUGUUAAGAUCAUUAAUUAAUGGUUUUAUUAGUGUAACGACUAUAGAACCAAAUUCAAGUAUGACCAUGACCAGUGCAAAAGAACACCAAGCACUGGUUUGUUCAAAAAGAACAGUGGAGUGACGGAGUGACGGUUAAACUAUACAUUUAUUUUCUUGUUGUUGCAGGAAUGAUUCAGAUAACUUCAGAUUUUUGAUAGAUUUUUUUGUUAAAAUUUUGGGUUAGAAAUAUAUUUUGAAUUAGUUUAUGGUGUUUUAUCGUCCGACAGAUAAAAAAUUAAAAUGGACUUGCAUAAACCAGUAGAUAUGACAAAUAGGACUUUGGAAGACCUUACAUCUGAAGAGAAAUGGAGGUUAGAACACCAAAGGCUACACGAACAGCACAAAGGGCAUGAGAAAAUGCAUGCCGAAAUGGUUAUAGUUUUAAUAGUCACAUUAAUAGUAGCUCAGAUUUGUCUCAUUGAAUGGAAAAAACGGCAUUAUCGAAGUUAUUCUCUUAUAACAUUGUUAGGAAUGUGGUUAGUACCUAUUGUAUUAUGUGUAAGAAGUCACUGGUGGAGGUUUAUAUUUAUAUGGUUAUUAUUUUCUUGUAUAACGAGCCUUAUUGUCAGAAAGGCAAUUCAAAAACCAAUUGAAAGGACCACACCAAGAUUGGUUUAUAAAUGGUUCCUUUUGCUUUAUAAGCUAAGUUAUAUUCUUGGUCUCAUAGGUUAUUUUAUCAUGAUGGCAACAUUUUUUGGACUUAACCUAAUAUUUAAUGCCCAAGCAAAUUCAUGGAUGGAUUGUGGACUGUUGUUUGUUUUUUAUGGACUGUAUUACGGAGUCUUAGGUAGAGACAUUUCAGAAAUUUGUGCCGAUAAAAUGGCUGCUCAUAUAGGGUAUUAUUCGCCACAAGGUAUUAGUACUAGAAGUUUAGAUCCAUCUGUUUGUGCAGUUUGCGGAAAUAAAUUAUUGGUCAAUGAAAAUGAAGAAGGUGUUAUAGAAAACACAUACAAGUUAUCCUGUGAACAUGUAUUCCAUGAAUUUUGUAUAAGGGGUUGGUGUAUAGUGGGCAAAAAGCAAACAUGUCCUUACUGCAAAGAAAAAGUAGACCUAAAGAAAAUGUUUUCAAAUCCCUGGGAAAAGCCGCAUGUCCUCUUUGGGCAACUUCUAGAUUGGAUAAGGUGGCUAGUUGCUUGGCAACCCAUGGUACUGUUUCUAGUUCAAGGAAUUAAUUGGGCGCUUGGCUUAGAAUAAUGGUACAAAAAUGUUCCAUUCUAGCGAUUGAUUGUGGAAUGAGAAUAAAAAUAAUUUAACUAGAUCAUUUUUUUACAUUAUUUUAUUUAAUGCAAAUAUUAUUUUUUUUGUUAUCAAGCUGUUGUGAUUUUAAAUUAUUAUUGAAUUUAUAAGUACACAAGAAAUCUACUUUUCUCUUAACCCUAUCCAUGAUGCACAUAAUAAAAUCGCCAAAUUACUGAACUUAAAAAAGUUUGUC